AUGGUUGCAAAAUUGUACAAAGGAAGUAGAAGGAGAGAAAAGAAGAGAGACAUGGCAUUACAAGAGGAAGAAGAGAAAACAACAGUCAAGAACCGCCCCCUGAAUUGCGCCGUAGAGGUGAAAAUGAAGAAAGAGACGAGAAGAACAAGGCAGGCCAAAGGGUAUCAGAUCCAUCAGUGUACAUACCAUAUUUCACCAAGAUGGAGCUAG